AUGAAAAUAUGGUCAGAUGGUCUUGAUGAUAUGGGUGACCGGGGGAAAAUUAAGAGAUGUAAUGAUGUCAUCAAUCUCUGUGAAAACAUCUUAGAAGAGAAUUCAUUAGAGGAUUAUCAUAAGAAAAUAAAUCAAGAGCUAGGUGUCCUCAAUCAGUUAUCACUCGAUGGUUGUAUGAAUGCUUAUUCAGAAAAACGCGUUUAUAAAGCUCAUAAAUUACUGUGGAUUUACUUCAUUUCUUUUAAAAAUUUAAUCGAUGCCAAUGAAAAAUCUCAGGAAAAGUUUCCAAAUAAUGUUGAUUUGGAAUUGUUAGAAACUAUGUUUAAUGAGCGUUCCUACCAUCCUAAUGGCAUUAACUUUGAGUUGCAGAAGUAUAAAUCUGAUGUAAUAGAUGAAUGCUAUAUGGUAUGCCCUAAUAAUACUCGAUUUGAUGAAUGCUCAUUGUUACAUAAAGCUGGAAAUCACGUUGUUAAAGGAAUUAUAAAAAAGAAGACUGAUAGUUGUCCAGUCAAAUUUUACCAUAUAAUUCCAGAAAAUUGA